GGCAUCUCACCAUCCUCGAGAUACAAUGCAGCCGAGGACAGUCCCGAUGGCUGCAGACUGUGUGGGGGAUUUAGUUGCUAUUUCGCUUCGGUUAGCAAGUUCACCAAUGGAAGCAGAUCGAUUAGAUUGCCUAUGGGGCAAGGAAGAAUAAACACACGCAUGACGGGAAGUAUGAGUUCGCCAGUCUUCAGAAAGGUAUAAAGAUGAGGCAAGUACCACUCAUCUCUCAACUUCUUUCUUGUGUGCCUCUGUGAAUACAUCAGACUCGUUCAUAUUCUUAGUCUUCGUCUGAUCCGGGAUCAUGUUCACUAAACAGUCCCUCGUGACACUCCUUGGAGGUCUUUCUCUGGCUUUGGCCCAGACCUCCUCGUCGGAAUAUCCCUCCAGCGCUGAGAUUAGUGCUGCCAAAGCUACCGUGCAGCCUUAUUCUCCCGUCUCGAAUGUCAAGGGGCUUGCAUUUAACCGCUUUGUGAACAUCUGGUUGGAGAAUACUGACUUCGAUGUGGCCGCUGGUAACGAGAAUCUGGCUGUGCUGGCCAAGAAGGGUCUUCUCCUGAAUAACUUCUGGGCUGUCACCCACCCGUCCGAGCCCAACUACUGCGCCUCCGCCGGUGGUGACACCUUUGGCAUGGACAAUGAUGACUUUCAUCAAAUCCCGGCCAAUGUCUCCACCAUCGCGGAUCUGUUCGAUACCAAGAACAUCGCCUGGGGUGAAUACCAGGAAGCCCUCCCCUACCCCGGCUACCAGGGCUACCGCUACCCUGAGAGCGGUGCCAACGACUAUGUCCGCAAGCACAACCCUCUGAUUCUGUUCGACUCGGUGACCCAAGAUGCUCUCCGUCUCCGUCAGAUCAAGAACUUUACUAGCUUCUACGAUGAUCUGGAGCACCACCGUCUCCCCCAGUACAUGUUCAUCACUCCGAACAUGACUAACGAUGGCCACGACACCGACAUUACCGUCUCCGGUGCUUGGACCUGGAACUUCCUGACUGAGCUUCUGGAGAAUGACUACUUCACCAAAGACACCCUCAUCAUGUUGACCUUUGAUGAGACGGACACUUAUGAGAUCGGCAACAACGUUUUCACUUUCUUGCUCGGUGGUGCCGUCCCGGAGGAUCUCCGCGGUACCGAGGAUGACACCUUCUACAGCCACUACUCGGUCAUUGCCUCCCUGUCCGCCAACUGGGGUCUUCCCUCCCUGGGUCGCUGGGACUGCGGUGCCAACUUGUUCAGCUGGUUGGCCGAGAAGACUGGCUACGUCAACUACGACGUCGAUACGAGCAACUUGUACAUGAACCAGACCCACUGGGGUCCUCUGUCCGAUGAUGACUACAGCGAGUACUACGCUGGCUGGCCUGUCCCGACCACGGAGGCUAGCUGCUCUGCCGGCAACGGCAUCCUGUCUGCUGUUAAGCAGACCUACAAGGGCCUUACUGCCACCUUCAACUACACCACUCCUUUCCCGUAUGACUCGCGCAGCGGAAACAACGUUGGCGUGAAGUAUAGCCGGACCUUGAAGAACGGCAAGGUCGAGUCUGGUGUUUCGCAAUAAGUGGCUCCUCACUCUGGGAUGUUGGUGGAAUAAUGCUGG